AUGUGUUUAGUUGUGGAUGAAGAACUUUAUGGACAACGCGCGCGAGGCGAAUGGCUUCUCGUUAUGGAACUCGUUCCAGCAACUUCAGCAGCAGCAGCAGCAGCUGACUGUUCUUUCUGUGGUCGUUCGUCGUUCAGUUGCGCCAAGUUACCGCGUCGGGGACGAGAUUUGUCCAUUGUACGCGAUCAUUCCUCUUCUUUUUCACAUCUCAAGCUCCGUAAAGGUUUCUGUCAGCUCCUCAUCCGAUGCGAUGAGUUCAGAGAGACAGAGAGCACUGUACCCUGGGAGCUACUGCUGCUCCUCGUUGAUAUUCCGGCGAUAUCGAUUUAUCACAUAACCAUUAACCGAUGGCUGAUGAUCAGAUGUCCGGACAGGUUACGCUGCGCUCUCUCGAGCCGACAAACUGCCUACGUCGACGACGACGACGACGUUGACCUGCUUUGGAGGACAGAUUAG